AGAUCCGCAGCCAAGAGCUGGCCCGAGAUGGAUGGAUCUGAUGGAUGUUGGAGCUUCAGGUGGCGGGCCUCGACGGCCAUAGCUUGACUUUCACCCUGCCAGAGGCGAGCCUAGCCAGAGAGCUGUUGAGGCUGGUGCGCUCCAGGCUGCCGCCCAGACCAGGUGCGACCCCGGCGCUUUUCCACCAGAAUCGGCGGCUCUCACUAUCUAAGACGCUGGAGGAGCAGGGUGUCACUUCAAGCACCCUGCAGUAUGUCUACGUUCAGGUGGAUGUGUUGCAAGCGUGGAGGAUAUUGAGUGGCACUGCCUUGGAGGGAAGUGAAGCAGCCUUGGAAGGUCUCACACAGAUAACCUGUGGGAAUCGAAAGGUCCUAGAGAGCGUGACUCUGCCAAGCAGUCUGCGCAGUCUGACCUUUGGAGAGAUUUUUGAUUACGGCCUGGAGCACGUGCAGUUUCCAAACUGUUUGCAGAGCUUGGCCUUCGGCAUGCACUUCAACCAGAGCUUGAAACAAGCGAAUUUGCCCAACAGCCUUCAGAGCCUGUCCUUGGGCUUUCAGUUUAACUUGAGCCUGGAAGGCGUGACUUUUCCGAGUGGACUGCAGAGCCUGACCUUCAGCUACUGGUUCAACCAAAGCUUGGAAGGGGUGAAGCUCCCCGGAAACCUGCGGAGCCUGACCUUCAAGCACGCCUUCAACCAAAGUCUGGAGAACGUGGAGCUGCCGCAGAAUCUUCGGAGCUUAACCUUUGGGCACUGCUUUAACCAGAGCCUUCAGAAGGUCCGGCUCCCCCCCAACCUUUCCAGCCUUACCUUUGGCGCGGGGUUUGACCAGGGCUUGGAGUUCCCGCUCCCCAGCCAGCUGGAGAGUCUUGCGCUGGGAGGUGCCUUGAGAGGGAGCCUGGAGCGGCUGAGUGUGCUCAGCGCCUUAGGCGCCCUGCACGGCUUGACCUUCAGCUACUGCUUCAACCAGAACUUGGGCUCCGUGAAUUUCCCGGCCAACCUUCGCAGCCUGACCUUUGGCGACGAUUUUAAUGAAAGCCUGGAGAGCCUGAACUUUCCGAGCAACCUGCAGAGCCUGACCUUGGGGUCUGAGUUCAACCAGAGCCUGGAGCGGGUGAACUGGCCAAAGUGCUUGCAGAGCUUGAAGGUUGGAAGCUUGAGAAAUCAAAGGUUUGAUCGAGCGAACUUGCCUGCACAGCUGAAGAGCCUGUCCUUUGCAGACGGCUUUAACCAAAGCGUAGAUCACGUGAACUGGCCAAGGCUGCAGAAACUGACCUUCGGCCGCAGUUUCAACCAAAGCUUGGAGCAUGUGAAGCUCCCAACCAGCCUCCAGCUGUUAAGCUUCGGGCACGAGUUCAACAAGAGCUUCCAUGGCAUCAAGCUCCCUAACCUGCAAAGCUUGACCUUCGGGGCCCACUUCAACCAACUGUUGGAGGGGGUCUUCUUGCCGAGCCUUCAGAGCUUGACAUUUGGCGCAUGCUUCAACCAGAGCCUGGAGCGAGUGGAGCUGCCCAGCAGCCUUCAAAGCCUCAUUUUCGGCUUGCACUUCGACCAGAGCCUGGAGCGCAUCAACUUGCCAGAUGGCUUGCAGGACCUGGUGCUGGGGAGCAUGUUCAGGAGCCUGGCUUCGGUGAGGUUGCCUGCAGGCCUGCAGAGCUUGAGCGCGGAGGGCAACCAAAGCUUGGAGGGGGUGAAUUUGCCCAGCACCUUGCAGAACUUGAAGCUCGGCGGGUUCCGGCACAGCUUCGAGGGGCUGAAGCUGCCUGGCCUUCGCAGCUUCCAAUGCAGAGGCGUCCUCGCCUGCUGCUAGCGGUAAGCCACCGCAAACCCGAAGAAUGAAAACCGAUCACUCGAAUGUAGGAUCGAUCCAGAUCGAUCCAGAAGGAAGCCUUCAAAUAGUC